CCCAGGCUGCUGUUGAGAGCUCUGGGGCUCAUUUCUCGCUCAACACAGCCAGAACUGGAGGUGGGCACCCGUACAGAGGCCAGUGGACCAAUGGCUCUGCCCCGUGCCCUUGGGCUUGGAGUGCUGCUGGCCCUGCCGGGGGCCCUGGGCUCCGGAGGCGGGGCAGAGGCCGGCUCGGGCUCCAGCUCCGUCACCAUCGUCCUGCUCCUGCUGCUGCUCUUGCUGCUGGUCACAGGCCUGGCCUUCGCGUGGCACCGCCUCAGCCGCGACUCGGGGGGCUACUACCACCCGGCCCGCCUGGGGGCCGCGCUGUGGGGCCGCACCCGCCGCCUGCUCUGGGCCAGCCCCCCCGGCCGCUGGCUUCAGGCCCACACUGACUUGGGGUCCCCGGAUGACCCAGAACAGCAGGAGGAGGCGCAGGAUGCAGAGGAUGAGGACAUCAUCCGCAGAGGCCUGGAGGAGGCGGUCCCCGGGGGGCAGCAGCAGCGGGGACCUGGGCUCCACCCCGAGCCGGCCCCGGGAGCCCGUGACAGCGACCACGGAGGGGGCCUGGGCUCCGUGGGGCCCGGGGGCCCGGGGGGCAGCGCGGAGGCCCUGCUGAGCGACCUGCGUGCCUUUUCGGGCAGUGCGGCCUGGGACGACAGCGCCAGGGGAGCCGGAGGCCAGGGCCUCCACGUCACCGCUCUGUAGGGGCCCGGAGCUCCCACCCGCCGCCUCUCCCCAGCUCGCCCUGGACCUGCCGUCACCCCAACCCCAGACACAGC